CAUACCCGUCCACAUACCCGUCCACAAGUACCAGUACCAAACGAAAAUUGCCAUUUGAUUUUUUUCGACUCUGGAUCAUCCCCGCCCGACCUACCCCUUUUUCCAAAAGUCUUCUAAAGUCGAAUUUGAAUUUUUUUCACCGAAAAGAAAAUUUUGAGAAAUUCCCCAGUCGUAAUCGCACGCGAAAAAUAUCAAGUCACCCCAUCACGAGCCCUCGUCCCUUCGUUCAAUCACCCCUUGUAAAUCCACCCCCUAACCCAAUCCCUCGUUAUUCUUUCGUUUCCACCCCAACCCUCUCCAUCCCCUUGAGUAGCUCUCUCUGUUCAUUCUCCGCGAUGUAAUACCAACGAAGAGAAAUAACAUCGUCUCUCUCCGAUAUCGAACUAACGAUCCACAAACCAUUUUCCCUCCUUAUCAUUUGGCAAGGUACAUGUAUAAAUAGUUUUUACAUACACAUACCCAAGCCUAUUUACCAUCCCUUUCUAAGACCACCUGUCCAGGCGUGAGUAGACGACCUGAGCGUUCAUGGCGCCGGGCUCAAGUUUCACGAUCGAUUUCGCGUGUACAUGUUCGAACGUAGGGAAAAACAAGAAUAGUAGUUACAACCAGCGUCAGAAGGUGAGGUGAAAGCUCAGACGUCUGCCCCAAAAGUUAUUGUCAAUAGAAAAAGGAGAAAGAAAAAAUUGUACGACCGAGUGCUCUUAUCUGGGUCAUCGGUAAUUUGUUGAUAGAGCUUUCUUGUUAAUGUUCAUCUCUCUUCGUGUUCAUGGUCGAGGGUCAGAUUGGAGACCAACGGGCAAAAAAUCACUCAACAAUUUUGAUAUUUCGACACCUGAAUAAUUGGUAGAUCAGGCCAAACCAUGAGACACACUCUGAUUGGAUUUCUGCUGAUAGCUAUGGUAUGUGGUUCUAAAGCCGAAGCGACUUACGUCUGCCUCGAGGACAAUCCUGAUCUCGCGCCCUGCAAUUUUGAAAGGAUGCAGAGGGCUUCUGUCGAGGGUAACUUUGAAGAGAAAACAAAGAUCAGUAAUGGGGCUGUGAUGGAAAGUUUGUAUCAGGCUCCUGAUGGCACAGUUGUCGUUUAUAAACUCGAAGGCUGUCUUCCUGGGAGGUUGCCGUUUACAUUGCCAAUUUGUAAGACUGAAGACACUGUUGGUCGUGUUGUGGAGGUCAGAAGACUUUUUCCUUUCGUGAUCUCUGGUGAUCCGCCCACGGCACCACUCAUUUUUCCGGAAGUCGAAGCCGCUCAGCUGUACAAAUCAACAGGGGAUCUUCAGAAGACGUAUGAUCCGGUCAUUAGCAGACAAGACUUGAAAUCACCAAUGAGAUUAUCCCAGAGAAAGAAGAAAUUGAAUUUCGAAAAUUCGAAGAAGAAUCGCAAACAUGAGAAAACAUUGAACGCAGAAAUGAUGGAAAACAUUAGAUUUUCAUCAAUUCUACCCUCUCUAUUCAAAUCGAAGCAUUACAGAAGACGAAAUGACAUCGACACCAUUGAGGGAUUGCAGAAAUCCGAGAGGAUGGGCCGUCAAUAUCUCGAGGCUUCUCUACCAGAGUAUGAGCCCCCAUAUGCCCGAGCGACUCCAUACACCCUGCAAAAAGUUGAAAGGCUUCUUCAUCUACCAAAGGACUCACUACGCACUGAGGAAUAUCCAAGACAGAGCAGUGAAAUUCCUUUCUCUCGUGAAAUUUCAUUCGAGUCUGAAAAGCACAAAAAUCAUCUUCACGAUCCAAACUCGAGACGUUUUCACUCAUUGCAAGUACCAAAAUACUUUCCCUACGAUAGAUCAAUUCCCUAUAAUCCUCUUCAAGUCGAGCAAUUGCUUAUGUGGGUCAAGAAUCGCGAUGAGUUGCCAGAAUCGAAGGUGUGGAAAAGGGAAGUAAUAAACGAGGGUGAUGAAUUUCCUUACAACAAAGCAAUACCUUAUAAUCACUGGAAAGUAUCGGAAUUCAGAAGACGACUUGAAUCACGAUCCGCGGGUCGUGUUAAGGAGUAAAAAAAUAUGAAGAUCAUUUUGAACUGAAGUUAAACUGUAGUUUGAAGGAAGAAUAUAUUAAUCAAGUCUAUUUUGUGGACUUAAAUUCGAGAGAUAAGAGAGAAAUAAUGUGGGAAUUAUCAUUUUGAAUACUCGAAAAAUUGCUCUCGAUGUUUGGCGCGUUGCCGAAAAAUAUUGUGAUACGUAACGUAAGACACUAACAUGUUUAUUAUUAUUUUUUUUAUCAUAGUUAAUUAUUUGUGAUUACACUUCUCUCAAGGGGAACAUGAGAGACAUGAAAGUCGAUGCUGUGACGAAGCAAUUAUGCGAUGUGUAGUGUAAGCUAUGUUUCAUAUGGAGACAAGUACUUCGCUUUUUCAAGUGUGAGGAUAAAGAGAAUUCUUGGUAGCAUAUCAAUGAAUAUUAGAAGACAAAAGCUCUCGUGUAAUCACUGCAAAUGGUUUAUUUCCAUCUAAUCAUGUUAGAAAACCGGAAAGAAAAUUCCCUCUGCGCACUCUCAUUACAUUUAUACAUACUUUUCUUCACUACUUACUAGAAAGUAAUUGUAAACUACGCAAAGGCGAUAAAAUAUAUUACAAGUUUGAAUCUU